CACACUUCGACCCCAAGUCCUGUCAACUCAACGAGACAUGAUUUACCGCUGUCAUAAAAAAAUGGACGGAUUCAUCUCUGACAGCUGAAGAUACGAGUUGUUUUAAAACGCUGGGAAAUCUUCAGCCGGAGCAACUGGUGUAGAUACCAUGGCAGAAGACAAGCUCUUUGUGGAUAAACAUCGAGGCGAGCUGAUACAGAGAGUGAACAACACCGCAGCCAUUCUAGCUGAGCUCGUCAGUGAAAAUGUCAUCCAACAAGACAGUUAUGAUAAAAUCAGGGCUCUGCCCACCCCUCAGCAGAUCAUGAGGGAGCUCUUCAGUGGACCCUUGGCAUCCAGUGGAGUUCAAGGAAAAGAGACCUUCUACAAAAUCCUGAAUAAACAUGAGUCUUAUCUAAUCGAUGACGUCAAGAGAACUGAGUAUGAGAACGCCAUGAAAGUGGAAGCGAUAUCAUCUGUCAUAGAGCUGCUUUUGGAAACACUGGCUGGUUUGAGUGACUGGGAGCUUGAGGAGUUCAAGAGUUUCCUCCUGAGUCAAACUUGCAUCUACGAACACUUCUCAAAUAUCCAGUGGAGGCUGUUGAGGACCGCAGACAUGCAGGACACAGUGUUUUCUAUGGUGCAGAAUGAUGGCCAACAGUCUGUGGAGACGACCAAGGAGGUUUUAGAGAAGAUGAAGAGGACUGAUCUGGUGCAGAGGUUGUCAGACAGCAGCUCAGGAUCCAAAAAAAAACACUCUGUGGAUGAACACCUGUCUGCACUGAUCCACAAAGUGGCAACUAUGAGGGCUAUUAAAGAGCGGCUUUUGGAGACACUCAGUGAUUUGAGUGACAGGGAGUUAGAGAAGUUCAAGUGGUUGCUGCAGUUCACGUUCUUCCAGAGGAGCCUUGAACUCAUCUCAUGGAGAGAAGUGCAGUGGACUUACAAUGUAAACGAACUGGUGGAUGUGAUGGUGGAGAAGUUCGGUCAGCAGUCUGUGGAGGUGACCGUGGAGGUUUUGAUGGACAUGAACAGGAGUGAUCUGAUGCAGAAGCUGUCAGAGACCAUCUCAGGACACAAAGAGAAACACUGUAUGGAUGAACAUUGUCCUGCAUUGGUCCAGACGGUGGAGAUGAUGACAUCUGUCAUAGAGCUGCUUUUGGAAACACUGGCUAGUUUGAGUGAUAGGAAGCUCAGUAAGUUCAGGGACAUCCUCUUGAGUCAGACUGACUUCGACAGAUGCGUCUCACACAUCCCAUUGAUACUGCUGGAGAUAGAAGACAGGCAGGUCACAGUGUUUUUAAUGGUGCAGACCUAUGGCCAACAGUCUGUGGAGACGACCAAAGAGGUUUUAGAGAAGAUGAAGAGGACUGAUCUAGUGCAGAGGUUGUCAGACAGCAGCAAAGGACCCAAAAAUGAACACCAGUCUGCACUGAUCCAGAAAGUAGCAACAAUGGCAGCUGUUAAACAGCUGCUUUUGGAAACUCUGAAUGAUUUGAGUGACAAGGAGCUCAAGAAAUUUAAGUGGUCUCUGGAGUGGAUUGUCUCCCAGAAGGACCUCCCAGAUGUCUCACCGGAGUUUGGCCUCACAAACGACAGAGCAGAAAUGGUGGAUGUGAUGUUGCAGACCUACAGCCAACAGUCUGUGCCAUUAACCAGGGAGGCUGUAAAGAAAAUGAACAGGACUGAUCUGAUGCAGAGGUUGUCAAAGCCCAGCUCAGAACUUGAAGAGGCACACUCAGUGGAUGAACAUGUACCUGCAAUGUUGAAGAAAGCAGCUGUGAAACUGAUUGUUUUGGAAACACUGAAAGAUUUGAGUAAGAAGGAAAUCGAGAAAUUCAAGUGGUUGCUGCGGUUCACGCAGUUCCAAAAGGGUCUUCCACACGUCUCACUGAGCAGACUACAGGGGGCAGACAGUACAGACACACUGGUGGAUCUGAUGGUCCAGACCUGUGGCCAGCAGUCUGUGGAGGUGACCACGGAGGUUUUCAUGGACAUGGACAGGGCUGAUCUAGUAAAGAGGUUGUCAAUCAUCAGCUCAAGAAUCAAAGAGAAACAGCCAUCUGAACUGCUCCAGAAAGAAGUCACCAUGACACCACUAAUGGAGAAACUUUUGGAAACGCUGGAAGAUCUAAGUGAGUGGGAGCUCAGGUACUUCAAGCAUGUCCUACAGCACAGCAGAAUGAAGAAAAGCCUCCCAAAAAUCUCCACACAGAGAUUGGAGACAGCAAGCAGAAUUGGCAUGUUGAAGCUGAUGGUGGAUUUCGACGGCCAACUUUCUGUGGAGGUGACAAGGGAGGUUUUAAUGAAGAUGAACAGGAGAGAUCUCGCAGAGAGGUUGUCAGAAACCAGCUCAGGACUCAAAGAGGUACAUCAGUCUGAACCGCUCCAGAAAGAAGUCACCAAGACACCACUAAUGGAGAAGCUUUUAGAAACACUGAAAGAUUUAAGUCCCGGGGAGCUCAAGAAAUUCAAGCAGUACACUAAAAUGGAGACAGAUCUCCCAAAAAUCACAAGAGACCUAGUGGAGAUGGCAGACAGAGUUGAAAUAGUGGAGCUGAUGGUGAAGAUCUAUGGCCGACAGUCUGUGGAGGUGACCAGCAAAGUUUUGAAGAAAAUGAACAGGACUGAUCUGGUGGAGAUGCUGUCAGAACCCAGCUCAGGACUCAAAGGGCCUUCAGAAAGCUUGGAGCUUGAGGGCUGUGGAAGCAUUAUGCAGGACUCCAGUGACUGGACUGAAGUUGAACCUGAAGUGAACAGUACAGAUGCAGACAAGGCUUCAACUUACAGCCUACAGUCUGAAGCAGGAAACUUUGAAUGCAGUGUCUCUGGCUUGCGCUGGGUCUGUAAGGAAAAGGUCAGCUUUAAGUACCAGUUUUGCUCUUGGGAAGGACCUAUGGAAAGGAUAGAAAGCAUGCAGUACAUGGCUGCAGGUCCCCUGAUGGACAUCACAGUCAUUGCUGGGAAGUUAGAUGUAGUGUACCUGCCACAUUGGAUCUGCAUAGAUGACAACCCUACAAUAUUAGACAAGUUUGUAGUCCUACACAUAGAUGACUGUGGAGAUGUCGUGGAAAAAGUGUCUGAGGUCACAUCGUCCCAUGUCAAGCUGUCUGAACCAGUUUUCUCUCCAAGAGCGGUCCUGAUGAAAGCUGGCCUGUUGGUGAAAAUACGCUGUAAUGUGUUGAUAUACAAGACCAACACAGCAUUCCUCACUCUCCAUGUUUAUCUGAUCCCAUGUGAUCCGGGUCUACAACAGGAAAUGGACAAGAGGGAGUUAUCCCGUGGAUACAAAAUUAUCCAAAAGCCACAUCCAGAGAAGUCCCUGAAAAUGCGAGAUCGUUUCAUCCUAACAGCAGAUUUGGACAGUGCAGACAUUUGUCCUGAAACAUUAAAGCUCAGACAUAAAAACAUAAAUUUCUUUGAAGUGUUCAUUGAAAAUCCAGACAAAGUUUUCAAGCUCAAGCUUGAACAAGUAAAUGAUCAUCAACCAGUGUGGACCUGUACAGUUCGAAAAGAUGACUACCAAAGCAGCACUGGUCCUUUACAAGGGGAGCACUUUGUGGAUAAACACCAGUGUGCUCUGAUUGAGAGAGUGAGCAAUAUAAAACCAAUCUUGGAUAAUCUCCUGAGAGAAAAGGUUAUCCAACAAGAAGAGUAUGAUGCAAUCAGUGCCCUCAAAACCAGUCAGGAGAAAAUGAGGAAACUCUACAGUGGUGCCCUGAAAGCUGCUGGACAUGACGGCAAAGACGUCUUCUACAAAGUCCUUGAGGAGAACGAGAAAUAUCUUGUUGCUGAUCUCAAGAGGAAGGAGUCAUAAAUCCUGUGAUCAGAGUAAAUUUGCUCUUUUGUUAUAUUUCCGCUCUGAGACUGUGGAGCUGACCCUGUUUUUCUCUUAUUUUGAUUCUACACAAAUAUAAUAGCUUGUUUGCAAUCAUGUGACUUAAGACUCGCUAAAUUUAGAUGGAGGGAAGGUAGUGAUGAAACCCAUAUAGUGCGUGAAUUUGAAAUAGAGAAGGGUGACUACAAAGAAGGGUCGGACACUAUCAUUGUUAGAAUUUACCUUGUCCUUCAGACCUCCUAAUGCUAUUCAUGUUACUCCGUGAGCUAGUGAAAGUGUUGUAGUGUCUAGUGGACUAUAACCAGUACUGGAGAUGAGGGGGGAUGGCAUCCCCCUUGAAAUAAAAACGGUCAGAAUCAUCCCCCUUCUAAAACUGCCAUCCCCCCUUUCCAUCCCUUGUGUCAUUUUUUUAAUGAAUGUGGUAUUACUGCUAUUUCAGCAUUUAGUUUUAACUUUGGUUUUACGUAUAUUAAAUAAAAUACUGUGGGCGAGGGCACACAUGCAAAGAUGUUCUUAUAUCAUAUCUCAGCAAGCUGUGCCGUUGAUGUUAUGCCUGUGCCCUAUAGAGGGCACCCGAACGAUGCAUAGUGCGUCCAAAUUCACACUUGUUCUUCUCUAUGGAUUUUCUCCACAACCGUGCGUUGUAGCAAGAAGCCACUCAUAUUACGUUAAACAGCGGAACCGCAGCUUUCCGACAAGACCACGCACUUGUCGGUAGUCUAAUUUUUUCACAGUGAAAAAAAUGAUAAAAUUACACUAAAAUGAUGUAUAACAAAG